GUCGUGGCUAAAUAAAGAAUAGUGAAAGACGUUGAUGAUGGUAAUUAUUGCUUAUGUUCACAAUUUCGUUUUUGGCAGAUCUGGAUUCGUGAUUGAGCUCUAUUGCCCUCUCAUCCUCCGAUAAUUUUCGUUAUCCAUUUCCCUCCAAUAUCAUUUCCCACUUUCCCUAAAAAUUUAUCAUUUCCAACUUUCCCUAAAAAUCCGUUUCUGGUGUGUGUAUCAAGGUUUCUGUAGCGUAAUUGUUGUGGAAAUCAAGUAAAGAAACUAUUUGAAUCUCCUCCAAUCGACGUUAUCUUGAUGAUCUUUUUGUAUUCUUUGGACUUCACCUUACAAGUGGUACAAGGUUAAGAAGUAGAUGGGUAAGAAGUAUCUACAAGAUAAUCGACUACUUGGUCAUAAGGUCGUGUAAUUAGUGUUGGGGAUGUCGUGAGUAACACCAGACUGACUCGUUUAAUACUUGCAAAAAAUUUUACUCGUUUUUAAUAAGAAUAAUGGCGGGCGAUAAAACUAAAGACAAAGGCAUCACUGGCAUCAGCGGUGGCAAGAGUGCUGAUGCGUUGGAUAAGAUUAUGGUCCACAGCGAGGUGGGGAACAAAAACAUGGGCGGCGAAUGGGCCAACAUCGGCAAGAUCCAGAGGAAUGUGUGUGGUGAGGCUGUGGUGAAGUACAAGCGCACUAGCAUCCUCACUGCUGUGGCCGUUGCGCUGCUUAUAGUAUUUGUUGGGGGAUGGUUUGCUGUUGUCAACGAACGUGGAACCGUGCCGAUCGCCAGGUCUCUGUCUCGCGGAUUUCUGGAGAAUAUUAAAACCAAGGAAGUAGAUCAAGAUCAUGUCCAAGACCCAUCCCAGGUAGAGUUAUGGUGCUCAGCUUUCAUAAUUCAACAUCAUCUCACUCUCUGAGACAGACCAUCUCGGGUUUCUCUCAUGUAAGUUUUCACGAGAGCUUUUCAGCAAAAACUAUCCUUCAAAUUGUUUUUCCAUCUCAGAUGCAAGUACUUGCAAGGGAAACAUCAAAGGAGGUCGUGCAGAGAAAAUGAAGGGAUCAUUAGUAUAUCAAAAGAUGCUGAACUUCAGCACCACUCUCUAAUAAAUGAUGGAUCUCUGUGGAACUUCAACGAAUCGUCGUCCGACGUCGCCCACGCGGUUGCGCCCCACAUUGAUCAGCAAGCGACCGGACAGAGCAGUGGAUCGAUCGCUUUCUUGCAAAAAGGACUGGACCAAGCGCACAAGUCGACACUCUCUGCCGCAUCGCUUGAACCGGUACCAUUGUUCACAGUCCCCUCUGUUCUACAUUGACAACAAUAGGCACAACCGGUCGCGAUAGUUUAUUGGUUUGCUAAUGCUAUCUGCUACUAUUAUCUACGUAAUGUGCUAUCUACGUAUUGUAACUGAUAUUCAUAUUGUACAACUAGUUCUGGCUGCAGCAGUCGCUUCUCAGGAUCUGGAAUAGAAAUUACUGUUAUUCUUAACAAUUGAUUGACUCGUCCCAGAUAUUCUCAAUCUUUCUGUCUCUAUUCAAACCACGUAUUCUAGUUCUACAACUUCUAAGGACGGUAUUAUAAAUAUGCACAAAACAAAGUAGCAAAUGAAGGAUUGGUAGAUGUAUAUCAAGAGCAAUGUAUCUUGCCGCGUCACUCUUUUGUGUUUCCUCCGCCAUUGCUACAUGUAGUUGGAUGAUCAUGUGUCAUGUUGUCUACUAGGUGGUGGAUGCGCUAGCGAAUACUUUUUCUUUCCCACUACAUUCAGGUCGGUGCCAAUGCGGCCUCAGAGAAAAACGACCCUUUUCGCACGCUCAGCAAUUCGUGGAAUCGCAUCCUCUUUGAUCCUCCGAGCGCUACGUCAAAGGACACGAAACACCCUAUCGUUGCAGAAGUCAGCAAGACAGGCAAGAAUCAUGCAGGUGCCACCAACACUGCUGCUGGCAAAGAGAAAGACAUCAAAGCAUCGACGGAUAAAAAGAAAGACGGCACGGUAUCAAGUUUUGCAGAAAUUAGUAAAUGUAAUUUUGACAUUCAGAAACACAUAUUUAUAUUUGUAAGAACUAGAACCUGAACCUGAUUUCAGAAAAUUUACCUCAUGGUAUGUGGCAGCACUGACGUGUGAAAUAGCUCCUUUACCCGUUCUCUUUCCUAGUAUAUAGAGAAGUGCUUUCUCAGCUCCAUUCAUGCAUCCUCCAGGUUGGUGCGAACGGUGUGUCAAAGGCUAUGAAAGACUCUGUUGGCGAUGCUCUACUCUUUGGUUCUGCGAGCGGGAAGUCAAAGGACACAAAACACCCUAUUGUUCCAGAAGCCAGCAAGACAAACAAUGCUAUGAAAGACAGGGUAACAGCCGCUACCGGUGAGAACGGUGGCGACGCCAGCAAGACAAAUAAGAAUGGUGCAACUAAAACUGCUGCGACAGGGGCGACAAAGAUCGAAGGAAAGAAACAGGGCAUGGUAUCAAUAGACAUAUAUCCUGUGGUGCCAAUAACGAGUGGAAGUAACUGCAAUCACAACCUUGGCGCGACGGUCGCCCUGGAGGAUUAACAUUAAGGAUCCUAGUAGACAAAAAAGCGAUGCCGAUCAUCACAGUAAUUUCUUUGUAAAGAUCGUGAUUAAGAUUAUAUAAUAUAUUAAUCCGUUGACGUCAUGUCAUCAUCCUCGUCCUGUUAUUUUUAACACUCAGGUCCGUUCGCAGGAGGGGGGCAAAACCCCCGGCUCAAAGAACAAAAAACUGGGGACAAAGGACAAAAAGGACGCUAUUGGAAACUCCAGCAAUGCAAAGGAAGGAACAGCCAAAAGUGCUGCAAAGAAAACAGCAAAGGCCGGCGGAAAGAAACAGAAAAUGGUAUUUAUUGAUUAUAAGUGGACGACUUGUUUGGGCCAUGAUCAUGCUAUGUUGAUCUACUUCUACAGAACAAUAACAAAGUCUAGAAGCCAACUCGAACCUCAAAAAUUGAAGCUCUUCUCAGAGCCUCAUCAUAGCAUUUGGUUUGGGUCCACCGACGCUGAAAGGACACAAAAAAACUUAUCCGAUUGACCUCUGUGGCUUCCUGUGUCUCUUUCUCUUUUUAAGCACUCACUCACGGACUGGCUGACCCACUUUAGGCACCUCUCAAACGUAUGUUCAUGGCAAAAAGAAUGGGCGAACAGCGACCGAAAAGUUUUGACCGAAAGCGUCACGGAGUCACGCAUAAAGGGGCAAACGCUCACCACGGAACGUCGCGCGUUCAUCACGGAUCUAUCUGGCAUAAGGGCUCGCACUCUUACCUUCACGAAAUGUCGAACAAGGGCACGAUCGUACUGCGAUUUUUUUAGAGGGACAACUCACUGACUUUUUAAAGCGCCUACUUCGUUUUGUUGAUUUUGUUUCUUUUCCUACUUAGUUUUUUCUUGUUCAGCCUUAGCAAAGAAUUUGGUUUCGUCCAGAAUCAAUGCGAAGGAGUUGGAGUUCCUUUUUCCUACGCGUCCCUGUAUAAAAAUUGUUCUCUUAAAAUUCAGGCUCAUCCGAAGAACAACAAGCAUGGCUCGAAGGACAGAAAACACUCGGCGACGAAAGAUGCCAAACACGCGAUCGGAGAUGUCACCCACGCAAAGCACGGAGCGACCAAGCAUGGUGGAAAAAAACACGGGAUGGUAGUAGAAUAUAUUCACUUGUUCCAGCCCAAGUAGGCCCAUCAUAUCUUUUCGAAAGUAAGUAGCAACUACUACUUCUGAUCACUUAAACAAUCAUUCAAUCUCCGCGUCGAGACGCAUCAUCUUAUCCCACGCUUGACCAAAACCCUCCCGUUUAGGCUCACCCACACGCGCUGUCCAUGAACAAGAAGGACAAGUCGCCAAAGCACACGAAGCACGGCAUCGUUCAUGCAAAGGCUGGAGCAGCCGAAAGUGCUCCGAAAGACGGCGCGGUAUUCUCAUUGACUUAAACUUGCAGCGUACAUUAAGAUUAACUGCGAGCGCGAAACACGUGCGUCCUUGUUCACGAUGUCAUGAAUUUAUGACCGCUAGAGGAUUAUCAGCGAGCUCUAGUACCUAGCCUAAAAUUGAAGAUUCGGCAAAACAAAUUUUCAUUGAUAUCUUGGCGGUCGUUUUCAUGAUCACAACAUCCUCCUCACUCAGGUGUCUGGCACUGGCUCUGGAGUUUCCGAAGAUCGAGCUAAGAACAAGCCGAAGCCGGGAAGCAUGAUGAUGAUGCGCGAUUGGCUAUUCGUGCGCUGGGAUAUCUUCUGUAUUGGCGUCUGCAUUUCCGUCAUUAUGCUUCGAACUUCAUAUAUAUAAAGAUGCUAUUUUUUUUGAGAAGAAAGCUAGUAGAAGUUAGAUGAAUCGUAAAAAGUUACUACAUGGCUAAAAACUCAUUGAUCAAGAAGAAGGUCUUGUUCUUGUGCGUUAGCGCUGGUGCAGCAUUUGCAUUGUCCGAUGCCGAUCGGACUAUCUAAAGUUAUCAAUCUUCAUGUUGGAAAUAUCAAACGUAAACUCACAAGAAAAAUGAAAAAGCUCAUUCUAAGAUCUUCUGCGUGGUCUUGGUUUUCGUUGUUGGUUUUACCCCCGUGGGCGAGACGCUGGUCGACUGGUGGGACUACGGUACGGAGAAGGUCGGGCAGACCUAUCGCACGAGCGUGGACACCGUCACCGGUGUUUGGGCAGGGCUUUGGCCAUCCCCGAACCCAUCCAGAUCUACUAGCAGGCAAACAACAACUACUUGUUCGGAGGCAGACGAUUUGCAACAAGAGGAAGUCGUGGCAUUGGUGUCAUCACGGGAAACAACCGCCGCCGCUAGUGAGGAAAUCAUCGUCGCCGAUGGCGAGGUCACGUGGCUUGUCGAAAAGCCUCCAGCAGUGGGCCUUCGGGGACGCAAUAAGAAGGAUGGAGCCAACAACAUUUCGAUUAGCACGAGCGCGACCAGCAACAGCGACGACGGUGACGAUGACGGCUCAUUUUCCUCGUCAUCCUCAUCUUCUGGUCCGCAUGUUCCUCGUGGUGUGGUUUCGUAUUCCAUUGCUACUCCUCCUCUGUCCAAUUCUCAGGCCUCCUCUGAACAACAACAAGACGCAACUAGGGAUAUUCAGAAUAGAGAUGCUCGUCGUGCUGGCUCUGUUUCAAAUAGAAAACGACAACAAGGCGAGAGCGAAGGCGAGUGUCAGCCUCCUUCGUCUUCUUCUAGUUCUAACGGAAGAAGCAGCAGCGAUGAUGGAGGCGUGGAUCAAGGAGUCGAAGACGUUUUGACCGUUUCCGAGGAUUACGAGACCGAUUUUGCAACGGCCUCUUACCGCAGCAGCAAUCUAGAGGAUAUGGAGCAGGAGGUGGAAGCUCCCCUCCUUCCGAAGCGUACUCCAUCUUUGUCGCCUCCAUUGAGUAUGGAUAUGCCGCUUUUGGAUCAGAAUUCUACGUCCAACAAGAACAACGCAGAGAUGAACAGCAACGAGAACUACGAUAACAAAGGAGCAGAUUUCAGCUUCUCGCUAUUCCCCCUCAACACGUCGGAAGCCACAAGUCCGAAAGCAUCAGCCUCUUCGGAUGCCGCAAAGCAGCAACGUGGAGAGAACAAGAAGGGUUUUCGCAGAUCGGCGGAAAUCAAGGAUCCCACAAGUUCUACUGAUUCUAUUGAUGGACAAACUCCUCCUCUGAUUCUUUUGGAGCCUGCUCCGACGUCUUGGUCACCGGCCACACCGCAGUUCGAUUCCACGAAGAGCGCGGAGCAAAGAGAGAUGAAGAAGGGCCUGUCGGGUGGAUUGGCGGCAAGCGACAAUGCAGUUGAAGCUUCAUCUCUUCCUCUGCUUGUCGAGCUAGCUCGUCCUCUAUCUGUGUCGCAGAGCUCGGUGGAGAGCGCCAACCAGGUCGGAGAGUCCGCCUCGUUGGGAAAACAGAAUGUGAAGGUCGUUGUGGGUAACGACGGGGUGAACGCCAACUGGAUGUACAUGAACUUCGCGAAGGGGUCCCGCGAGCAGCGUGCACAGCUUCGUCUCAAUCGGCAUAUGGCGGCUGCCUUGGAGGUGGAAGAAGGCGCCGGGACGCCGCGCGGACCGAGCAAGGUCGAGGCCGUUUUGAGUCUCGGCUUCGAGAGCCUGAAUUCUAUCAUUGGGGAAUUUGGGCAGAGCGUGAAGCAUGUGGAUUCCGGAAUCUCUUUGCAGAAGCAAAACGAGAUUUUGAAAGACAUGAAGAAAGAGUACUCGAAGUCGACAAUCACGACAGAUGACAGGUUGCAAUCAACCAUCUCGAAGACGACCUCGCUGCUAAAGUCGGUGUCGAAAACCGCUGCGGGAGAAAAUGACGAUUCCCACUUCGACGCGCUAGGAGAUCUGUGGGACGCGAUGCCCAAGGACGGAAAUUUCUAUCCGGUGGCUAACGCGACAGGAGUGGCUACUUCUUCAUUGGGCACCAUCGUCCGUAGACCGCAGCAAAGCACGCUCAAGCUCUUCGUGAAAGCGCGGACCGGAACAUCGUGGGAAAACCACUUCGAGAACAGUCUGAAAUGGAUGCGCCGCAAGAUCGGCAGCACGCAUCCGGAGACCCGCAGCUUCACCAGAGUUCUCGAAAUCAUGUUCAUGGAGGUAGAGGCGGUCAAAGCGGGGGACUGAUUGCCCAAUAAAAAAAUCUCAACCAGUUACUUAUGUUAUAAUGAAGAUGUUGCUUGUUCUCAAGUCCACGGGAGACGAAGAAGACGUCCUCGCGAAAAGAGGAAGAAAAUGAUUAAAGUGAGAAAAAUGGCUGGUGUUGGGAUUGUGUAUAGUUGUGCAAAUAGGGAAGAGGCCGACGAAGAACAUACUUAAGUAAGUAAGUACCUUCGAGGAAGGUAGAAUCUCCGAUAAAAAUCAGAACAAGAGGGACGUAUUUGUUACAUUAAUUUAUUCUAUGGAAAAGUGAAAGGAAAACAGACAAGAACUCAACCGAUACGAAAAAAAUGAGGAAAGAGCAUGCGGAUUAUAUUUUCAGAAACGCAAACUAUCUGUAUUGAUGAUUGAGGCUUUUGUAAUUUAUCUUUGGUGCUGCAUACCUUAAGCUUAACCUUUAUUGGCUUUUCAAGUCGAUAGUUGCUGUCAUCGAUCUCUUAGGUUAUGAGCUUAUUUGAUCUUUUUGUCUACAAAUGGGCGUAGUAGACUAGGAUGUUAUACUUUUUUCUGAAGAUCAUCAUUGUGAUAGAUUCUAGUCGAAGUAAAUUUGAAGGUCAUGAUCAAGAAAGGGGAAUCGGAUGAUGAGCAAAACAUAUUCGUAGAAGUGUGAUUAAAUUUCUCGUUUUGUUGAUUGUAGGACUAUGUACAAAAUUUUUCUGCAUGAUUUGGAGUGCGGCGUCAUGAAUUGAAAUAAUAGCUAGAGAAAGAAGUGAUAAAAACAAGCAAAGUAAGAGUAAAUCGGAAACAGGUGCAGUACGUAGAUAAAGACAUGACUAGGUAGCAUGAUCAGAAUCAAUUAGUAUUUCCAACCAAGAAGACCACAGGGAGUUUGGAAAAUAUGGGGGUAGUUCAUUAACUGAAUUAAAUUCGGAAUUUAUGGGUGGAAUAGGGUAUCAUGAUUGUAGACAGAUUUCUUUGGGUUCUUGAUAAUGGAAUUCAAAAUCCUCAGACAUUCGUACUAAACUAUUAAAACUCAAGCUACUCACGACCGAAUACCACAAUGCGCAUACAGAUGUUAUCGUUAAGACAAAAAUGUGCUAAGAAUGGAAACGAUGUUGAAUAUGAAAUGAUUGAUAUAACCACGACCGCGCAUAA